AUGAAUUCUUCUACUCUCAACCUUACCGAUCUCAGCAAUCUAAACAACCCAUACCGACUAGAAACUUCUGAUAAUCCUGGUACGCUUCUGAUCACCGAACACCUCACAACCGAGAAUUACUCCACUUGGUCCAAAUCCAUUCAACGAGCACUUCGGGUAAAGAAUAAACUCGGAUUUCUUGAUGGAACCAUUGACAAACUUGCCUCUACCUCCGCACUCCUUCUCUCAUUGUGGGAACGAUGCAACUAUAUGCUUGUGUCCUGGCUUCAAAAUGCUAUUAGUCUACCACUUCGUCCAUCGAUUGCAUUUGUUGAUAAUACUCGUAAGUUGAGGCUUGAAUUGCAGGACCGUUUCUCCCCUCAAAAUGGUCUUCGUAUAUAUGAAUUGAAGAAAACACUUGCCAAUUUGUCGCAAGAAGCAGAUACGAUAAGCAUCUACUAUGGGAAACUUAAAUCCAUCUGA